AACAUUAGGUUUAGACCAAAAAAAGGUUGUCUUUUCUCUCUCUUACCCAAAAAUUAGACCGUUACAAAAAUUAAAUCUUUUUCACUUUAACAACUUCAACAUUGAUGAAAAGUGAAAGAAUCCCAAAAAAUCUCAACUUUCAAUUUCAAUAUUUCAUCAUCAAAAUCAAUUACUACUAUUAUGUCAAGAAAUACAAACCCAAUUCCUGAUCCUCUUCUUCAUUUCCUUGAUCCCAUUUCAUUGAUCCUUAAUCAGAAUCCACCGUAUUCAGACCAACCUUUCCCUCUUAAACUCACCUCUUCAGAUAGUUACAUCAUGGAGAGAGGACCAAAUUAUGAAGCUUAUGCUGAAUUAAGAGAAACAAGGUUGCGUAUGAAGUGUUUGAUGCAAGUUCCAGAAGAAAAUUUGGAGAUUGAAGAUCCAAAAGUUGUGACUCCAACAAUGAAAAUUGUUAGGUUUCAAGGUGGUUUUGGUUAUGAGAGAAAAGGGUCUCUGGAACAAGAAGAAAGUUUUGAGCUUGAACCAUCAAAACUUGUGACCUCAACAAGGAAACAAGUUAGGUUUCAAGGGUCAUUGGAACAAGAAGAACAUUUGGAGAUUGAAAAACCAAAACAUGCAACCCCAACAAGGAAAAUUGUUAAGUUUGAAGGUGGUUUGGCUUAUGGGAGAAAAGGGUCUUUGGAAAAAGAUCAAAAUUUGGAGAUUGAACCACCAAAAUUUGCAACACAAACAAGGAAAGAGGUUAAGUUUCAAGGUGGUUUGGCUUAUGGGAGAAAAGGGUCUUUGGAAAAAGAAGAAAGUUUGGAGCUUGAACAAACAAAACUUGUAACACAAACAAGGAAAGAGGUUAAGUUUCAAGGUGGUUUGGCUAAUGGGAGAAAAGGGUCUUUUAAUGUUGCUCAAUCUGUGCCUGAUUUCUCUGCAGCAUUGAGGAAAGAGAAUAGGAAGCCAAUGAAUAAUUUGCCUACAAUGAUGGAGAUGAUGACACCACCUUCUAAGAGUAGUUUUUCUAAGGAGAAUAAUGGUGUGGUGUCAAGUUCAAGAGGGAGUAAGUCAGAGAGUGCAGGAGAAAAGAAGAAGAAGAAAAUAGGCGGUGCUGGUGUCAGUGUUUCGGUUGCAAGGAAGAGUUAUGCUAGCUUCGAUGAGCUUAGAAGUUUGUCUUCUGCUACUGCUAUUGCCAUCAAUGGUGAAGGUAGAGGAGGAAGGAAUAGUAGAGUUAUAGGGAAGACAGUUUCGGUACACAGACAGUUUUGAAUGUGGUGGUGCUGUUGAAAUGGUCAAUGGGGUUAUUCAAAGUUUGGAUUUUUUUUCUCAUUGUUUGUUGAUUUUUUUUCCCUGAUAUUUCUCUUUUGUUUUUCAUAAUUCAUUGUUCAUUUGUUUUGAAUUUUAUUAAUUACUUUUGAGGGAUUUAUAGUGUUAUGUAAAGCUUUGAUGUAUGUAAGAGUGUUGAUUGCUAUAAAUAUCAUAUAGAACAAAUACUUAGUUUUAUCAUUCCUUCUUAA